AUGGAGGCGGAACUCGCCGAGCUCAAGGCCGAAGUCAAGAGACUUCAUGCCAAACUCCAGAAAGUCGAGGACGAGGCGGAAAUCCGAAAAGUCCAUUUCAAAUAUGGUUAUUACAUUGACAAGUGUCUCUACAACGAGGUCGUCGACAUGUUCUCGAACCACCCCGACGCCUACGUCGAGUUCCUCGGCUCGCGCUACCGGCGCAAGGAAGGUAUCCGGCGGCUGUACAUCGGACGGUUCCAGACGCACUUCGUCAAGGGGCGCAACGGCCCCGUGCACGGCUUCCUGCUGGACCACCCGAUGAUGCAGGACAUUGUGGACGUGGACGCGUCGGGGACGCGGGCGUGGGCGCGGAUCCGGGCGCUCAUGUCGGCGGGCACGCACCAAUCGAUCCAGGAGGAGCACCCGCGCGGGCACGCGCAGUGGUGGGAGGGCGGGGUGUACGAGAACGAGUACAUAAAGGAGGACGGCGUGUGGAAGCCGUUCCGUUACCGCUACUUCCCCUUCUGGCACGCCGACUUCGAGCGCGGCUGGAGCCACACCAAGAAGAACUACAUCCCCUGGCCCACGGUCACGUUCCCGGACGACCCUCUAGGCCCGGACGAGCUACUCGACCAGAAGAUGCUGUGGCCCGACACCCGCGUCGUGCCCUUCCACUACCCCCACCCGGUCACGGGGCAGAUGGUCAAGGCCGACGACCUGCGCGCCCCCAAGUACGGCGAGGACGUCAGCACCAGCUUACCGCCCCUGAGCAUCGCCUUGCCCAAGGACCAGCUGGAGAAGGAGGCCGAGGCGGGGAAGAAGACGGUGGUCGAGAACGGCGAGAUUGCGGACAGUACGCCUGCUUGAUAUUCGAGCCAGCGUCGAGACGGUUUGAUACUGUUGGGAGGGUCUGCCGUUCAAGUAGGAUGUAGGACACUUCAUUCGAUACAUGUUGCUGGGCGACCGGUGGAGAUGUGGCUAGCCUGAUGGGUGUAUAUGUGGAGAUACUCGUGCUGUAGGAGCCAGACAGUCACGUAUAGGUUCAAUCGAACUACCAGUCAGAAUUGC